UCCGUCUUUCUGCCCACGGGCCAAACUUCCAAUCCCGGAUUCUAUGAUGAAGAUACAGUCCCUGUAUCCAUUAGAACAAGUUUGAAAGGUUUUUCUCAGUAGUUUCGAACACAAGAACUGCUGUGAACCCGGAUACAGUCAUGACAUCUGUGCCACGUUCAUGGAGCGACGGCUCCAACUGCUGCCUGGACAAAAACCUCCGAGCUCCGACAACAAAGAGGAAAUGUGACUCGUCAGCGCAACAGUUAGUCUGAGUCACGCAGUUUUAGCAACGGGGGAUUAAUAACUUGUGUCUGUCUGGCGGGUGUUUUCACCGUCGCGUUGACUCACGGACAGACACCUUCAAGCUCAUCGACUGGGACAUCUGUCUCCGAGUCUGCCCAGCCCUGCAGCUGCCGUUGUGAGAAGCGGGGCCGCCGCGCCGCGCCGCGCCGCGCCGCGCCGCCGCGGGGCUUCUUUCAGGUGAAAGGCGGGGCUCCGGGAGGGGAGGGAAGGGAAGGAGGGAGAGCUUUGUUCAGCCUCCACCUGACUGAGACUCAGUUACCCGAGCGGUCCGGGUUGGGCUGCUAGCUGCUGUUAGCUUAUUAAAACUUUACUAAAUGGACCCGCGUAGUAAGACUGGAGCAAAUCGAGGGUCACUCGGACUCUGUAAUGACUUUUAGCACGUAUUUGAGUCUUGACCCCUCGGACCGACGAGAGGAAACUGGGUCAGACUAGUUUCUGUGCUUAUUUGUUCACUUUAACUGGGACGUCAUGGCGUUGUCUCAGAUCCAGUGUCUGGAUGACCACCACGUCAACUGGCGCAUUAGCGAGAGCAAGCCGGAGUUUUUCUACAGCGAGGACCAACGACUGGCCCUCGAAGCUCUCAUCACCAAGGGCCGCGAUGCGUUCAUGGACUACAUCCAGAAACACGAAGUUCGGGAGUUCCUCUCGGAAAGAGAGCUGGAGCGAGUCACGCGCACCGCGGAGGCGUACCGACCCGGGUACGAACACCACCAGAGGCCCGAGACUCCCGGGCCGGGGAAUGUGACUCCAGGGUCCGCGGAAGAAGCAGAAGACGGGGAGGUGUCUCUGGCAUAUUGGCCAGACCGGUCCGAAGCUUCGGUGGCGGAGUUGGACCUUGGCUGGCCUGAAGCCAUCUCAUACCGAGGGGUCACGCGCGUGACCGUGCACACGCAGCCUCCCACGGAGGGUCACACGCACAUCAAGGAGGUGGUUCGCAAGAGCAUCGCAUCAGCCCAGAAGGUGAUAGCUGUGGUGAUGGACGUGUUUACAGAUGUGGAUAUCUUUCGAGACCUUCUGGACGCGUCCCAUAAGCGUAAAAUCCCCGUGUACAUCAUUCUGGAUAUCGCUGCAGUGCCCUGCUUUCUUUCCAUGUGUGGCAGAGCUGAUAUGCAUCGGGGGCACCUAAAGAAUCUGCGAGUACGCUGUUGUGGAGGUUUGGAAUUCUUCACACGAUCGGCACAGAAGGUGCGGGGUUCCUUGAACGAGAAGUUUCUCCUUGUAGAUGGAGACAGAGCCAUCUCCGGCUCAUACAGUUUCACCUGGUCCUCGUCCCGUCUGGACCGGAACCUCAUCACCGUCAUCACAGGGCAGGCAGUGGAGACCUUUGACCUGCAGUUCCGGGACCUCUACCUCAUGUCCCGGGGAGUGUCCCUGAGCAAGGUUUCCUUGAAGGAUGAGCCGAUCCCUGACCCAGUCCCCCAGGCGGUGCCGGCUCCUGUCCCGGCUUCUGUCGCAAGGAAGCUCAUCAAUCCCAAAUAUGCACUGGUGGCAGCAGGAAAUCACACCAGUCCCACCUCCUCUGACCAGAACUCAAGUAAAAAAGAAUCAAACUCCCAGAAUCUUGCUGGGCUGAAGGUGAUGAAAGGACGCCUUAAGGAAGUUAUGGAAGAGGCGUGGUUACAUCCGGGCUUAGUCAAUCUGGAGAAAGCCAACCUAAUCCCCUAUCUUCCCACCUGGCCAGAGCCAGACCCCCCAAGUGAUGUGAUCGGCUUCAUCAAUAUUAGGGAUGAAAAGAGGGCGCAUCAGGUUCACUUACAGAGGUCAGAAAGGUUUGAGGUCAGUCAGGCUAUACGCUUCAGUGCACCUCUGACUCAACCAGUGGCAGCUGAGGAAUCCACCUCAAAUCAGGACAAAAAAGAGCUAAAAACAGAAAAACAUAGCAAUCCUAAAGGGCCCACUGCCAUACUUUCAGCAGAAAACAAGCAAAUAGAAUCUUCAGAUUCCCCUCAGCAACCAACCACAACUCCACAACAUAAACCACAACUGCCAAAGUCUCCAACCCAAGCCAAGGUUGCUGAUGAUUCACAGCCGACACACAGCACUGGAAAAACUCUAGAUAUGGCACAUGCAGGACCUCCUGUCCCCAAACGCCGCACGCUGCAGUUAGUCAUAGACCCCACCUCGGCAGAGCACCCCGGUGAGGCUCAGGUCACGCUGAUAAAAAUGGAUCUGGUUGAUAAUUUGUACACAGAGUGCGCUCACACGGAGCUGGUGCCCAACAGCAGCCUCUUACCCUCAAAGAACGAUGGCGAAGACUCGGGCAGCAAUGAAGAGGGGAGCCAAGACAGCACGAAGGUCAUAUGUGACCGAGCAAUCAACGAAGACCCCUCAAGUGCAUCGACAGCAUCAGAGGAGGAGUUCCAUAACUGUCCUCAACAGGAGGCCAGUGACCUGCUGAUCAACGGUGGGCAGACUCGAUCCGGCAGAGGGCAGUCCCACGGAGACGGACUCAACAUGAUGGCUCGCUUCUCUCAGAGCAUGCUGGACCUGCGGGAACCCCACCAAUCGGAGGGGGGUGCUUCCCUCAUUCGUCAGUCCCAGCAACUACGCAGACUGGAACAUGCUUCCCCACACCGGCACCUCGGGCAGACCUCCAGGUCUCCAGCUCGUGAUGCCAGGAUCCGGGGACCCAAAGUAAUCCUUGCAAAACCAGGAAGUUUCCACCGCCCACCCCGGUCCGCUGGGCUCGUGAUCGGAGGACACCGUUACUGGCAGGGGCAGUUGGUGCCGCCUGAAAUGGGCCAGCCGCAGGUGGAGCCCCGCUCUGGGAGGCCGCCGCAGAAACACAGCCCCGGACACAGGAAGACAUCGCCUCAGCCAACAGCCGACCAAAUGGGGUUGUUUGGAGUGUCUCUGUCAAAACUCAGCUCCUUUAGAAAUUUGAAAGGGCGAGCAGGAACCUCUCAGAAAAAAGCCUCUCAGACUAAUAAAGCUGCCAGGUAGAGCAGCGGCUCAGAACAGACCAGAGUUUGCUGAAAAAACUUCCAGGUUAGAAACUGGAAACUUCAGCCUGGACUCGUCUCUGUCAUCUCCAUUUUAAGACCUACAAUGUAACAGCAAUAUACAAAUCAACUAAUCGCACCAUAAAUUCAAAUGAGCUCAAUAAUGAAAUGAGGGCAGUACUAUUCCUUGUUGGUUUUCUUCAUCUCUCUCUUUCUACCAAAGAGUCUGGAUGACAGAAAGCUCAAUUCUGCUGCCUUGAGUUACUCCUUGGUAACAGCUCAACACACAGGGAGCUAAAAGCUCAGGCUGAACCCAACACAAGGGACAGAUAGCGAAAAUGACAAAUGUUCAACAAUUUUCAACUUUCUUGUGUAGCGCCUCUAGCCUGCGUGUGCAAGCUAGAAAUUUCACAUUGUGCUGUUUGCUCAUCGGGAUAAGUGCAAGCGUCUGUCGCCUCACUGCCCAUAGACAAAAAUGGCAAGGUUGCAGCGCUGUCUCCAGUCGUCACUGUGUGACCGUUACCUCAGUUACCUGCCAGGCUCCUGGUGUCCUACCACAGAGUGAAGCAGAAAGCCCAGUGAGGAGGAGCAAGCUGGGGAAACGCCGGUUUAGCCGAACGUGACAGCUGCAGUCUGGCAGCGCUUUGGAUUCAAGCUGAAUGGCUGUGGUGAACCAUUGAAUCUGCCGUCAACUCAAUGUGAACAGUGACUAAUGCAAACCCCUCCAACACCCCUCACAAUUUUUUAUAUUUGAAAGGUCUUACAGUUCCAGUGUUAAAGCGUCUUUUGAAAUUACUUUAUUGACCUCUUAGAGGGUGAAUGUUCAUAGUUAGACAAUUUUUUGUGCUAUAAACAAUAGUCUCAAAAUGACAGAUUAUCACAAUAAUUUCCGAAACAAUUAAUCACCCAGCAAAAUGUGUUAUUUGUGACAGGCCUGCUUACAAGAACUAUUUAUGGUAAGAAGAACCUUGGGUAGUGACAAAUCGGUUCAUAUUUCUGUCUACAGAAAUGCAAAUGUACCACGGAUCAUUUGUUUUGACCGAAAGACUGAAAUGUUUUCUCCAUGUGGUACUUCAUCCAGUGAGCUCCAGCAUUCUCUCUGCCUAUCCAGGUACUUCAGUUCCCCCAUAGCAUGUUGAGCCUGGACUUAUCUCAGUUGCUUUUCUUUUUUCUUAUAAGUUUGUUCAUAUCCCUCAUGAACAGAUGAAAUGUGUCUGAGUUAUGAGAGAUUGUGUGUACUUCUGGAAACAAAUCAGCUUUUAGCACUGACAGCACUGUGAGUGGUUCCACAAGGCUAUGUUGAUUACUUUUACAUAUUUGACAAAGGUUGUUGAUAACCUGUGUAAAUGUAGAUGUAAUGUCAAGUACUGUUACAGGACCAAAAAUCAAAUAAAAGGAGAGACUGUUGCUUA